UGUGAAACAGCCCUGAGGACGGAGGGAUCAUAGGUCCUUUAAGCCACUUGGAUCUAGCAUCUACCGGAGGACAAUGCUGGGCGGCUGCAAUGCAUGACAUGAGGCACGGCGUUCUUCCGGGUUUCCGCUGUAUAGUGGGAAGUAGGAGGACUCGAGGGCUGAACCCUCCUAUUCCUUCCACCAGGAACUCUACCGUACUAAUACUAGGGUCACUGGACAGUCACACAGUGUCAGAUCCACUCCACGCGUGACGUGACCCGAGUGUGCGUAGCUUCUUCACGCCUGCCAUGGAUCUGCUCACCUCAUGCAUAUUACUGGGAGUCUUCUGCCUGGCUUACUGCCUCAUACAGCUCGUCAGGCUCAUAAGGGCUGAUGCAGAUCUCACUCUGUUGUGGGCAGAACGCUUUGGUCAUUCGCCAGAAAGCAAACUUUGUGGCAGCGUUGUGUGGGUGACUGGUGCGUCGAGCGGUAUCGGGGAGGAGUUAUGUUACCAGUUAGCCAAAUUAGGGGCCUUACUAGUCCUGUCAUCCAGAAGAGAAGCUGAGCUGCUAAAAGUGAAACAAAAAUGCCUUGAAAUCAGCCAUUUACAAGAUGGAGAUGUUUUAAUUGUUCCCCUUGACCUAACCAAUCUAAGUACACACAAAGCAGCAACGGAUCAAGUGAUUGAACAUUUUGGCAGAAUUGAUGUUUUAGUGAAUAAUGGUGGACGGUCCCAGCGCUCACUGUUUGUGGAUACAGAAUUGGAUGUUUAUCAGGGGUUGAUGGAAGUUAAUUAUCUGGGAACGGUUUCUCUAACUAAAUAUGUUGUUCCACAUAUGAUUGGAAGGAGGAAAGGAAAGAUUCUGACAAUAAGCAGUAUCACAGGCUUUGUCGGGGUGCCCCUAUCUACUGGAUAUGCUGCUAGUAAGCAUGCUCUGCAGGGAUUUUUCAAUAGCCUUCGAAUUGAACUGGGGGGUUAUCCAGACAUUACUGUUAGCAUCAUAUGUCCAGGACCAGUUCAAUCCAAAAUAGUGGAAAACGCUUUCACGCAACAGAGGGAUCAGGUAGUUGGUCCUACUGCAGAUCAGACUCACAAGAUGCCAACAGAACGCUGUGCUCGUCUUAUUUUGGUUACAGCUGCAAAUAACCUGUAUGAGUCUUGGAUUGCAGACCAGCCCUAUUUAAUUAUAUAUUACCUUUGGCAGUACGCUCCUACAUGGGCGUGGUGGUUGACAGGGAAAAUUGGUCAGAAAAGAAUACAAAACUUUAAAAGUGGAUUGGAUGCCGAUUCUUCCUAUUUUACAAAAAAAACCUCCUAACAGGCUCGUGGUACACAGGACUACAAAAGUGUCUGCCAGCACUAAGUGUAUGCGGAGAUAUGUCUUCUAAUAUGGCUUACUGUUCAGCCGCACAGAUCAAAUAUAUUUCAGCCUCAAAAUUAGCUGUACUGACUUUCAGUGUUCCUGAUGUAGAGCACGAAAGCUUUGGUAAAAACAUGUUUAUAAUUCUCCUUUGCGCUUAUUCUGUUAUAUGAAUGAAUUGAGACUAGAUCAAAGGCGCCACAAAUUUAAAAAAAAACUGACAACUAAAACAAACAAAUACAUUUUAUACAUCACAUAAGUCCACGUGGAAUCUUCAAUUCUUUCUUUCCAUGGGAAAAUCACAGAAAUUGCUCCAAAUUCACAUGAAAAAUACAAAUUAUGAAAAGAACAAUGGGUAAUAUUGUUUUUAAAGUUUAAAUAGUCCCGUGAUGUAAAUUGGAAAGGAAAUCCUGGUGUGAUGUUCUCCUUGAUAAAAAGAUAGGGAUAGUUGCUCGCCACCAAUUUGAUAGAAGCUGUAAACGUACCAAGACUCACACAAUCAAAGAGAGGAACAUAUACGUAGCAGUUUCUUUAACGUUUCACUCAGUUUUCACAUAUACUUAUAACUUUUUCUAUUGGCACAGAUGCGUACCCCACUCACUUGAUAGUGUGGUGAAGUCCACAUUAUAAAGGUUUCUUUUCCACACGUAGUGUAGGUUUAAAAAAUGUUUCUUUUCCAACAAAAAAGGAUUUUAUAUAAAAAAAAUUUAAAAGUGACACAUAGGCACACUUCACUUUUUAUGAUCCAGCAAACAGUAUCACAAUACAGGUGUAUAUAGUCGGAUGGAUAUGACAAAACAUCAAAUGGAUUCCGGACUUCCACCUGUGUGUGAAAUACCUGUAUACCGGUGAAUCAAUAAUGUGAAGGCGCAAAGUGUCCUCUGAUAAAUAUAAAAAGCUCACUGUCUGACAGCACCAACGCCGUUUCAACCUUCUCUGGUCUUUUUCAAGGUGUAUUGUCAGACUGUGAGCUGUGAGACACUUAUACCCCUUCACAGGAAAUUUAACUGGCGCAAAGCAUUAUGGGUAAAAAUAAUGAUAUAUGAUUAAAAUAUAUGUAGUACACAUUUCCUUCAACAAUUCAUUACGGUAUUCGGUAUAUAUUAUGAUUGGGAACCCUUCUAUUAAACAAGGCUGCCUGUAUCAUAUAUAAAUAUCUAUUUAAUACAUCGCAUUCGCGGACCGGAAGUGUCUGCGUUCCGUGAUGCGUUCCACAUACAGGAAGUCGCGCACCGUUUCUUCCUGAUUUCGAUGAGUUACUUAGACAGGUGGGGCUCUAUUAUGUGUUUGGGAACCCUUCUAUUGUACAUGGCUGCCUGUAUCGUACACAAAUAUCUAUGUAGUGUAUCGCGUUCGCGGACCGGAAGUGUCUGCGUUCCGCGAUGCGUUCCACAUACAGGAAGUUCAUGUGUUCCACCUACAGGAAGUCCCGUACUGUUUCUUCCUGAUUUCAGUGCGUUACUUACAGACAGGCGGGGCUCUGUAUGAAAUACCCGAGCCACUCCUCAUGCGUUCCACAUGAGACUCACUCCCCCAAAGUCACUCAAUCUAUAUAAUAUCUACAUCUAAACAAUAAUUCACAAAAUCUGAAUAAAAUUGGAACAUGGUUAAUCCUAAAACUAUCCACAAUCUUUAAUACUAACCACAUAUAGUUAAUAAGUAACCACAUAUAAUAAAAUUCCUUUAUACAAAAAAGGAAUUUAAAAUUCUUUUAUAAAAACAGUGUGUUCAUCUAAAAAUGAUAUAAUUUUCUUAAAGGAACCAUUUUAACUCAAAAUCAGAGUUUAAACCAGAGGGGAUAAGAGUUUUUAAUUUGAAUAUCCAUUGCAUUUCAGCCUUAGCCAGAUUGCUCUCUAUAUCCCGAUCUUUCCAAUUUGAUCUUAUUUGUUGGAUGCCAAUAAAAGAAUCUAUUUUUGAAGUUGAACAA